AUGCAUAUUGGACUGGAUUUGUUGGUAGUAGUUGGCCUCCGGUGGGUGCCCGCCGUACUCGAACAGCCGCAGCAGGUCGUAGUAUUGGCCGUGUAUGUCACCUAUGGGCGAUUGUGUGCCAAAGUGACAUGUACCAUAUUCCUUAUAAUGGCCGAUUCAAACAAAGUAGACAUCGAUUCAAUUAUACAAAGACUACUCGAGGUCCGGGGUUCGCGUCCGGGAAAGAGUGUCCAGUUGUCCGAAACGGAGAUAAAGUGUUUGUGUAAUAAAUCGCGUGAAAUAUUUCUCAGUCAACCCAUACUACUCGAGUUGGAGGCGCCCCUCAAGAUAUGCGGU